AGGGUGUAUUAAGGAUGCUACAAUCACAAAAAAUCCUUUCAGUGCUUAUUUCACCCUUAUUUCCGGUAUAAACCUAAACAUUAACCAUUUUUCCAACACUGUGAAGCGGGAGCUGCAGCUGUAAUCAUUUCCACGGUACACAUUUUCAUUCUCAUAUCAGCUCAGGGCAAACAAAUGAAGUAUUGCACUGGGGGCUUGAUGAAAUGUGCAAUUAGAAGAGGGAAAGACAGGCUGCUGGCGUGGACCAUGACCCUGUCAGAGUAAACACUGGGACUGUUUGUCCUUCAUAGGUCGGGGACAGUAUGUGGUGGUUGGUCCUUCCACUGAUCUGCACCAGCUUCUACCUACAGCCAACUACUGGUCACCAAAUAUGCCAGUUGUCAGGACAAAUAGCCAACUGCGCUUCAAGGAACCUCCACUGGGUCCCAGCUCUGCCUCUGGACACCAUCCAUUUAUAUUUGGAUAGAAAUUACAUCGGUGAGAUCAACAGAACAUCCUUCAGAGACUUGGAGGAACUCCAGAGAUUAGACCUAGGAAGCCAGCAUGUAGUCGUCACCAUCAGGAACGACUCUUUCCUGAGGCAGAGAAAGCUGACCGUGCUGAUUCUUGGACAGAAUGUAGGUCUUAAGCUGGAACCGCGGGCGUUCGCUGGGCUGGUCAGUUUAGGAGACCUCUGGCUGGAUUACUGCUCUCUGAACGACUCCAUACUGAAAGAAAGCUAUCUAGAACCGCUUGUGUCGUUGCAAAUGCUCAACCUCUUCGGGAACAACAUAGAGGCACUUCAACCCGGCCUGUUCUUUUUGAAUCUCACAAAGUUUUCACAGUUAAUUCUUAAACUGAACUCCCUCAAGAAAAUAUGUGAGGAGGACUUAGUUGGCUUCAGGGGGAAAUCUUUUCACCUCCUCGACUUGUCGUCCAACAGCUUCUUCCGAUCUGAAGUUGACUGGGCGAGCUGUGGAAACCCUUUCAAAGGGAUGGCCUUCAACGGGCUCGAUAUCUCAAGCAGUGGAAUGAAUUUGGAGAAAUUAACGCUGUUUUUCAGAGCUAUCAGGGGGACUCCAAUUGCUCAUCUCAAAUGUUCUGGAAGUCUUGGAAAAGACUUUUCCUAUAAAAACAUUGAAGAUCCAGAUAAAGACACAUUCCAAGGCCUUGAGAACAGCUCGGUCAACAAUUUUGAUCUCUCAGGCAACAGGAUUUUUGCUUUAAAGACUGGCGUCUUUAGGGCUCUGAAAGAUGCAAAGAUGAUCGAUGUCUCCAGGAAUAAAAUAAAUGUAAUUGAGAAAAAUGCCUUUAUUGGUCUGCAGACCAAUUUACUGCGUCUCAACCUGUCAUCCAAUUUGUUAGGGGAAAUCCUCUCCCAAACGUUCAGCGGUCUGACAGAACUUCUUAUUUUGGACUUGUCUAACAACCACAUUGGUGUGCUGGAACACAAUGCCUUCAGGGGUCUUCCCCAAUUACAACAUUUAUACCUAACAGGAAAUUCUCUGCGACACAUGGAGUCUCCCGCGCCGCUGCCUGACUUAAAUUUCCUCCUCCUGAUAGACAAUAAGUUGAAUUCCAUCAGCGACCUCACCAGCUCGUGGAACAACAGCGUCUAUUUAGACAUUUCAGGGAACAGGUUCACAAACCUGGAGGACGUUUAUGUCGUUCUGACUCAUUUCAAGCGUCUGCGGUACUUUUUUUAUGGGGGCAACUCCAUUUUGUGGUGCACAAUAAAUCAGGGUGUCUCCAUGCCUCGUGAUAAUAGUUUGGAAGUGUUGGACCUUCACGCCUGUUCCCUGCAGAUUGCUUGGGCCCAGGGGAAGUGUGUUGACAUAUUUGAUCAUUUGCAGAACCUGCUUGGUUUAAAUAUCAGCCUCAACGCCCUGAUGGCCCUCCCUCAUGGGAUCUUCAGGGGUCUCACGUCAAUCCAAGAAAUCGACCUUUCAACCAAUGCCCUUACCUAUCUGGAGACCAAUGUUUUCCCAGCAAGCCUGAAAUGGCUCGAUCUCUCAAACAACUUUCUAGUCUCUCCCGACCCGAUGACCUUCUACUCGCUCAGUUUCCUCAAACUGUCAGAAAACCGGUUUCACUGUGAUUGUACUCUGGAGGGUUUCCUCAAGUGGCUGUACACGACCAAUGUGACCUUCCUGAGCCAAGCUGAGCAGCUCAGAUGUGAGUUCCCAGCUUCUGUCCACAACCUCCCCCUGCUGGAGUUCGCCACCAUCAUGGAGCCGUGUGAGGACGAGGAGGAGACAGUCCAGGCUCUUCAGUUUGCUCUUUUCGUCUGCUCUGCCCUCCUCGUCUUCAGCCUCACACUUGGCGGGAUUACGUAUGCCCGCCUCAGGGGGCAAAUAUUUAUCAUCUACAGAAAGAUAGUCAACAGGGUUCUGGAGGGCCCCAAACCGCCAGCCCAUGAGGACGGCUGGCAGUACGAUGCCUUCCUGUGCUUCAGCAACAACGACUACAGAUGGGUGGAGGCCGCGUUGCUGAAGAAGCUGGAUAAAGAGUUUUCAGAAGAGAACCUGUUCCGCUGUUGCUUCGAAGCCAGAGACUUCCUGCCAGGGGGGGACCACCUCUCGAACAUCAGGGAUGUCAUCUGGAGCAGCAGGAAGACCUUGUGCAUCGUCUCCAAGGAGUUUCUUAAAGACGGCUGGUGCUUGGAGGCGUUCACUUUAGCCCAGGGCCGCAUGCUGGAGGAGCUGACCAACGUCCUGAUUAUGCUGGUGGUGGGGAAGGUCGCUCACUACCAGCUGAUGACGUGCAAUGCAGUCAGAGCCUUUGUCCAGAGGAGGGAGUACCUCACCUGGCCCGAGGACCCUCAGGACCUGCAGUGGUUCUACGAGCGGCUUGUCUCGCUGAUUAUCAGAGAUACCAAGGUGAAGAAGUUUCCCGUGGACAAGCCGGAGUCUGUGCAGCCUGAAGGUGGACCUCCUGCCAAGGACGAGCUUCCGCUUAGGAACAUCACAAUCGCUGCCAACUGAACUCGGCGCUCAGCGUUAAGAAAAGUCCAAUAAUGUGAAGGGAUGCCUUCCUGAGCCAAUGAAGCCCACCUCUACUCAACACGCACUAUGUACUUCAGUUCAACUUGAUUUGUAUAGCACAUUUUAGCAGCAAGGCAGUUCAAAGUGCUUUAAUGUAAAGACUACUGAAUUUUGUGCAACAGUAAGUUUAAUUUUCUGAAUUAUGUGUCAGAGCUUUCCCAAUCACAUUUUCUGUGAAUAAAAUGCAAUUUAGUUCAAUUUUACAGGUUAUCUUUGUUUUGGAAUAAACAAAAACAUGUUGAAAAGAUGAUUCAUGUGUUAAAUUACAAAUACAAUUGAAAUUUCCCUAAAUGAAAGGAAUUUUGUACCACAGCCAGACAAUUAGCAUUUCCUGUUUCAAAGGCUUUUAGAGAGAAUUACAGCAGGUUCCUGCAAAGCAUCACUAUUUACAGAAUAGAGCUUUUAUCCAGACCUGGCAUCCUGUCAUCACCUUUAGGACCAAAAGGUGAUCUUCAAACAGGGCCACUCCCUGUUAGAAGACUGACUACAGGUCUACCGUCAGUUACAUUUCCGUGAUGCCAGAUUUGCAACGUCUUCAUCCCAGAUCCAUUUAGUAGAGACAGCUUUGUUCAUCCGAAGUUCUUUUGGGUAUCCUUGUUUAUUCGUGAGUGUAUCAGUGAGCCCACACAUGAAAGGUCUCAGGAGGCUUUGCUGUCCUCACAACAGACAGGACAGAGGUCCUA